GUAAACUCGUAUAAAAGAUAGUUACGACGCCUGAUAAUCUUCACAGUUCUUCAGCCAUCAGCCAUAAAAUCAGUUGACCAGAGCCACACCAAGAACAACAUGAAAGUGAAUCUGUGUUCAAUGUUACUGUUGGCUGUGACCAUUUGCCUUGCUGUGGUCUCUUCCACGCCCGUGGGAGAAUGUCCCGACUACUUCGAUCCCGAUCAACUCAGCUUUCUGCCCCAUACGGAUUGUUCAAAGUUUUACAUCUGCAGUCAGAGUGGCCCUGCCGAAAAGAACUGUCCGUCAGGUCUGCACUGGAACCCGAAUGCAGCUGUGUGUGAUUGGCCAGCACUGGCAGGCUGUGAUCCUGCGGCUGCUACAACUACAUCGGCUUCUGUAGUUAGUACAACUGUGGUGCCAGAAACCAGUCCUGCUCCUGUAUUCACUCCUUCUACGACUGCAGCUGCUACUGUUACAGCUCCACAGGUAACAACUAAUGGCCCAACGACGGAAGCUCCUACAACUACAGCCUCUGCUUCGACGGAACCGUCGAGCACACCACAAGCUGUGAGCACUACUAAUCCACCAGCAACAGCCACAACUCCAGCUUCCACAGGUGGGCCACAUGGGCAGUGUCCCGAAGAAUACGACUCAAACCACGUAGUAUUUCUGCCCCAUGCUGAUUGCUCAAAGUACUACGUCUGCACCCUGCUCGGCCCCAUCGAAGCGGACUGCCCAUCUGGACUACAUUGGAAUCAACAGAAGGACAUUUGCGAUUGGCCGGGAGCUGCUGGAUGCAAUCCCUCUUCAUCAAGCGCUCAGCCAACAACUACUGAGGAAACUUCCAGCCGUGACGAAGUGGGUCAAUGUCCAGAGCAGUACGAUCCUAGCAAUGAAGUUUUCCUGCCACAUACGUCGGACUGCUCCAAAUACUAUAUUUGCACAUGGGGAGGAUUAGCAGUGUCGCUCAACUGUCCAGCUGGACUGCAUUGGAAUCGGGACAGCGAUCAGUGCGAUUGGCCUGCGCAAGCAGGAUGUGUGCAACGUAAUAGAGAUCCGCUAUUCAGAAAUCAACGACUGAUUCCAAUCCCACUUUUGUAGAUAAGCUAUUUAAUUGAAGUGCCCUGCCGGUUUCCGCACUUGAGAUGUGCUGUUCGCCAAAGGUUUAUAAUUUGUUUGAUGAGUCAACUGCGCAAUGAAAUUGUACAUUUCGAAGCUGAUAUCAGUCCUAAUACAAAUGUUAAUAAAAGCUGUAAACAUGUGUGU